AUGGGGGCGUUUAGAAACUACUAUAAAAGUAAUGGAAUCAAGCAUGAACGAUCUGUUCUGAAGACUCCUCAGCAUAAUGGCAUAGUUGAGAGAAUGAACAGAACAAUGUUAUCUCAUGCCAAGCUGCCCAAAAGUUUUUGGGGUAAAGCCUUGACGACUGCAGUUGAUCUAAUCAACCUUUCUCCUUCAGCACCUUUGAAUAGUGAUGUCCCGAACAAGUUCUGGUCGGGAAAAGAUGUUUUCUACAAUCAUUUGACAGUUUUUGGUUGUAGAGUUUUUAUUCAUAUUCCUAAAGACGAAAUAUCCAAGCUCGACAUGAAGUCGAAAGAAUGUAUCUUUGUAGGAUAUGGGAAUGAAGAAUUCGGUUAUAGGUUAUGGGAUCCUGUAGCUAGAGAGAUUAUUAGAAGUAGAGAUGCUGUCUUCUUUGAAGAUUAG